UUAUGUCAAAUAAGUUUGUUAGUUAGGUUAACUUUAACAAAAUAAUAUUAAAAUUUAAAAAUAUAAAUAAAUAAUGGCAACGAAAAGAAAAGCGGACGGCCAAGUUCCUGCAGAAGAAAGCGAUCAACUUAUUAUUCGACCUUUGGGUGCUGGUCAAGAAGUUGGAAGAUCAUGCAUAAUGAUAGAAUUUAAAGGCAAAAAAAUAAUGUUGGACUGUGGAAUACAUCCAGGUCUUACAGGUAUGGAUGCUCUGCCAUUUGUUGAUUUAAUUGAAGCUGAUGAAAUUGAUUUACUCCUCAUUUCUCAUUUUCAUUUGGACCACUGUGGUGCUCUUCCUUGGUUCUUACUGAAAACUAGUUUUAAAGGUCGUUGCUUCAUGACACAUGCUACAAAAGCUAUAUAUCGCUGGUUACUCUCAGAUUACAUUAAAGUUAGUAACAUAGCUACUGAGCAGAUGUUAUACACAGAGUCCGAUCUCCAAGCUAGUAUGGAUAAAAUUGAAACUAUAAAUUUCCAUGAAGAGAAGGAUGUUUUAGGUAUUAAAUUUUGGGCUUACAAUGCAGGUCAUGUACUGGGAGCUGCCAUGUUUAUGAUUGAAAUAGCAGGUGUAAAGAUUUUGUAUACAGGAGACUUUUCAAGACAAGAAGACAGACACUUGAUGGCUGCUGAAAUACCUACAGUUAAACCUGAUGUCUUAAUCACUGAAUCAACUUAUGGUACUCACAUUCACGAAAAAAGAGAAGAACGUGAGAGUAGAUUUACGAAUUUAGUACAUGAUAUAGUCACGCGAGGUGGUCGAUGCCUUAUUCCAGUUUUUGCACUUGGUCGUGCCCAAGAAUUACUUCUUAUAUUAGAUGAAUAUUGGAGCCAGCACCCAGAAUUACAUGAUAUUCCAAUUUAUUAUGCAUCAUCAUUAGCAAAAAAAUGUAUGGCAGUUUAUCAGACUUACAUAAAUGCAAUGAAUGAAAAAAUACGGAGACAAAUAGCCAUCAAUAAUCCCUUCAUUUUUAAGCAUAUAUCAAAUCUAAAAGGCAUUGAUCAUUUUGAAGACAUUGGUCCCUGUGUUGUAAUGGCUUCACCAGGUAUGAUGCAAAGUGGUUUGUCUAGAGAACUAUUUGAGUCAUGGUGCACUGAUCCAAAAAAUGGGGUCAUUAUAGCAGGUUACUGCGUUGAAGGAACAUUAGCAAAAACGAUUUUGUCAGAACCUGAAGAAAUUACUACAAUGGUGGGGCAAAAAUUACCCCUAAAAAUGUCCGUCGACUACAUAUCUUUCUCUGCUCAUACAGAUUAUCAACAGACGAGCGAAUUUAUUCGAAUUUUAAAACCGCCAAACGUUGUAUUAGUUCAUGGGGAGCAAAAUGAGAUGAACCGUCUUAAAGCUGCUCUACAAAGAGAAUAUGAAGACGAUCCUAAUACAUCUAUCCAAAUACACAACCCUCGCAACACACAUGCUGUAGAGUUAUAUUUCCGGGGUGAAAAAACAGCCAAAGUGAUGGGCACGUUAGCCAUGGACAAACCUGCCCCUAAUAAUGUCAUAUCCGGUAUACUGGUGAAGAGAAACUUCAAUUAUCAUGUGCUGGCCCCAGACGAUCUUUCAAAGUACACAGACAUGAGCAUGAGUCACGUAAUGCAACGUCAAAGUGUCUACUACUCGGGCACGAUAAACGUGUUACGUCAUUUUGUGACCCAAAUCGCUGGUCUCUUAGAAACGAUAGAAGGAGACAGGAAAAUGAGGGCGUUUGGUAGUAUCGACAUAACGAUCGAGAACAAGGUGGUAGUGCUUGAAUGGGUGGCCAAUCCGGUCAAUGAUAUGUAUGCAGACGCUAUAGUAGCCGCUAUAUUGCAAGCCGAGAGUCUCGAUGUACCCAUAAAGAACGUCUCGUCAAGCGCUAAAGUCGACAGAAUGCAUUUCAAGGAAUGUCUGAUUGAAAUGUUACAAGACAUGUUCGGGGAGGACUCAGUACCGAAGAUGUUUAAAGGGGAGAAACUUUACGUAACCGUCAACGAUAAGAGGGCAGACAUUGAUCUCACCAAUUUGGAAGUUAGUUGCCCUUCAGAUGAAACCUUUCAACAAAUUGUACACACAGCCGUCUCCAAACUGUAUCAAUCGCUAGCGCCUCCGCAGGUAACAGUUUAAAUAAAUAUGUACCUACUUUGUAAUUAGUUGUAAGUUAAUUGUGAUAAAUAAAAGUAUCUUUUUAAA